AUGGCCGGCACCGAGACGCACACCCCAGCAGCCGCCUCCCCGCGGCGCCUCUACUCCGCCUCCCAGGCCCCCUCCCUCGACGCCUUCAAGGCCCUCUGCGAGCAGACCGCCACCGCAGCAGAAUACCCGCUCGCCGCCUCCAUCGAGCGCAACAUCCCCAUCUACGCACUCCCCGCGCACCACGGCACCACCACGCCCGCCCAGCGCGCCGCCCUACAGGACGAGUGGUACCGCGUACUGCUCCACGGGCCGGGCGUCUUCGUCGUGCGCGGGCUCAUGCCCGAUGAGGCACUUGUUGACGCAACCAGCGCAGUCUUCCGCGACAUCAUCGCUCGCGAGCGACGCCAAGCCGCCGAGGUGGACUCGAGCGCUGGAGGAGGAGGAGGGGACCACUUCGCCGGCGCGGGCAACAACGACCGCAUCUGGAACUCCUUCAGCAAGCACGCGCUCGCCUCCCCCGCCUCCUUCGUGCGCUACUACGCCAACCCGUGGCUCGCCCUCAUCGCCGCCUCGUGGCUCGGCCCCGGGUACCGCCUCACCGCGCAGGUCAACAACGUGCGGCCCGGCGCCGGCGCGCAGGUCUGCCACCGCGACUACCACCUGGGCUUCAUGUCCGCGGCGCAGUGCGCGCGCUUCCCGCGCGGUGCCCAUCUCGCGAGCCAGUUCCUCACGCUGCAGGGCGCCGUCGCGCACGUCGACGUGCCGCCUGAGAGCGGGCCCACGCGUCUGCUGCCCUUUAGCCAGGCCUUUGCGGAGGGGUACAUGGCGUACCGCCGGCCGGAGUUUAAUGAAUACUUCUUGGAGAAGUACGUGGCGCUGCCGCUGCGCAAGGGGGAUGGGCUGUUCUUCAAUCCGGCGCUGUUCCAUGCCGCGGGCGAGAAUAGGUCAAGCGACAUUGAGAGAAUGGCCAACUUGCUGCAGGUAAGCAGCGCGUUUGGCAAGCCCAUGGAGACGAUAGACGCGCGGCCCUUGGUCGAAAGUUGCUGGGACGAGCUGCGGCGCCUGCACGCCGAGCAGGGCAUGAGCGACGAGGUCGCCGCGUUUGUCGCCGCAGUCGCCGAAGGGUAUCCUUUCCCGACGAAUCUUGACAGGAACCCGCCCCGAUCUGACGACAUGGCGCCCCAGUCAGAGCAGGAUGUGAUUUUACAAUGUCUCGAGGAGCAUGAAAGCAAGGAAGAGGUACUAGCGGCUUUGGAUAAGCAUAGCUUUGCGUCACAGGCAUAG